CCGGACAGAGAGAUCGCUGCAGCGUAUACGCAGAAUCUGCGAGGUGCGUUUCUAGUCAAGCACCUGUGCCUUUUUGCUCACAAUCGCAAUGUUGUAGCGCUGCCAGACAAAAUCCGUAGCGUCCAAGGACCGGCAAGGAGACGUGAACAGGCUCCUGUCCGAGAACUAGACGUUGGCUAUGUAUAUCGACAACUCGACAAUCCGACUUGAAGCGUCGCUGACAUACUCCUCGAACCGUAUAUGUCUGGAUGUAAAAUGGCUGUCAAACUGUUUCCGCCGCGCGCAAGACAGAACGCCGAGCAAUCUCGUAAUUCACAGAAACACUGGUGGAACACUGUCCAAGACGAGGUCCAGUAAGCAAUACGACAUGGAUACACUAAUACUAAAUCAUGAGUUCCGGGUAUGAAGGUCUGUUCAUUCUUCCUCUCACCUACACUUCGGCUACCCAAGCCGCCGACAUAGGAUACCCGGGAAGGUCAUUCCUCGGCGGUUCUGCGCAUGCACAUGCUGGGUGCGCGCAGGGAUUCUGGCUAGCGACGAUGCUGGUGCUUGAGCAACCGACAGUGGUAGGUCCAGCCAUUGCGCGUUCUGUGUGGAGGUAUGCGCUGAGUUGAGUUCGGCGGUCGUUGGUGGGCUGAUUGGCAAUGGGGUAUCGCUUUUAAAGGCUUCGAUUGUCUCUCAUGUGCGGUCGCCGGCCUUCUCCCCAGGCUCUACCGCUCCAUCAAUUGGGAAUUCUCCUCGCCUCGCCUCGUGUAUAAUCUUUCAAAUACGCUGGAGGUGAAGCCAUCCGGUGGCGUCCAACGGUUGACGAGUGAUUUGCGCCGGACAUACACUCCGGCCGAGUCUGAGUCCGGGCAAGGGCUGUCAUUGCCUUUUCCAGGUGGUCGACUGACCCUUGUGCCCAUGCGGUGCGUUUACCUCCGCUUUCGUCAGGAGAAUGGUAUGACGGUGAGUGGUUCGUUAUUGGGAUGGACCCCGACUAUCAGUCGCUGUACGUGACUUCUUCUUCUGCUGCGCCCGCCAUCAUCCGCCGCAGCGAGUAGUAUGCGAA